GGACUAUGCGUUUACUUCUUCUCUUCUCGUCAUCGAUUUGACGAACCCUAAUAAAUUCCCUCCAGCCCGCAAUUUCAAUCGCGAGGCGAGCAAAUCGAUUCUUUGAAGAAAUGGGUGAUGCGGAGGAGGACUUCACGUUUUGCCAGGUAGUUUCACAGGUUGAUGAUGAGUCAUUGCAAUUGCCUGAAAGCAUACCCAAUAUCAACAGCAUUUCUCUUAAAGAUGAUCGGAUCAGUGGCAGUACUGAGCAGAACGUUGAUAAUUCAAUUACAGAUUGCAUGUCAGGAGGCAGUGAUUCAAUGAAAGAUGCACCAUCUGGUGGUUCUACAUCUGAUAACCAGAGUGAUAUGCAGCAACUGAAUUUCACAUCUAAUGGGUUACCGCCAAAAAAAGUAGGAGAAGCUGAAAAUUCAUUAAAUGGGACACUCGAGCAGAAGCUUGCAGCCAAAAAACCCAUCAUUAGGGCCAAAGUUCCGUUUGAGAAAGGUUAUAGUCAAAUGGACUGGUUAAAGCUUACACGUACAGAACCGGAUCUUGCAGGGCUGAAGGGACAAACUAAUAGACGGCGCAUCUCAAUUGAUGAAGUUAGGCAACAUAAGGCAGACGGUUCAAUCUGGACAGUUUUGAAGGGUCGUGUAUACAAUAUAUCCCCUUACAUGAAGUUCCAUCCAGGAGGUGUUGAUAUGCUAAUGAAGGCAGCCGGGAAAGACUGCACAUCUUUAUUCAAUAAAUAUCACGCGUGGGUGAAUGCUGAAUUCCUGUUGGAGAAGUGCCUUGUCGGAGUACUGGAUGAUAGCUGAUCAAAAGAUUUAAGUUACUAGUGAAUACACGGCAUGACGUCGGUGAUAUAUAUAGUGCAGACAAGAAAAAGAGUGUGCUUUUGCGCACCCUCCUCAUUUGGAGCCCCUUCCAAGAUUUUACUAUUAAUUGUACCAUUCUAUUACAUUUUUAGAUUUUCUCAAGAAAGAAUUGUAAGGAAGUGUUGUAUUGGAAAUUGCUACCAUCUGUGACAAUGAGAAUGGUGGCUGAACAUUUUGUUUAACAUUAUUACCAUAUUCUUAAUCUUGGAGUUUCUUACAGUUAA